CAUACAGUACUUAUUCUUUCUCCAAGGGGCAUUGCUGAAAUUUCUUCAUCCCGCUCUACCAAGUGUUGUCUCUGGUGCUACUGAAGGGCCAUCAACAUCGUCUUCGUCACAUGUUUAUGAGGAGGAGCAAGUGGAAGACAACAUUGCGGCGUCCACACCACUUCCCAGCAGUGGUUCAACAGAAGCAGUGCCAUCAACUCCAUCACGACUUGAGGAGGAGCAAGUGGAAGCAUCCACACCACUUCCCAGCAGUGGUUCAACAGAAGUGCCAUCAACUCCAUCUCCACUUCAUGAGGAGGACAAAGAGGAAGAUGACAUUGACAUGGCAGAGACCACCCCACCAUCCAGAACUGGGGUACCUGUAGGUAUUGCAAGCACCACAUUAAGUGAUGACCCAGGAUGUUGGCCCAGUGUCCUAACAAGCAGUAUGCGCUGUGAAAUAGUCAAAAAAGGACCUGUGCAAAUCAUGGACAUUGAAUUCCCGCAAAACUUAGACAAUCCUCCUCGAAGAUUCACCAAGGACAGUUACAAAAGAACCAUGAAAAAUGGUGAGAAUAUACAUCGAUCGUGGCUGGUGUAUUCCAUCCACACAGAUGGAGUGUUCUGUUUCCCUUGUACUGUUUUCGGGAAGCGUGAGCGUGACAAUGCCUUAACGACCUGUGGCUACGGUGGAUGGAAGAACCUUUCCUAUCGCCUAAAAAAACACGAGUGCACAAAGGUGCACUGUGACAAUGUGAAAAAGUGGCACGACCUUCAGAGGAGACUGCAAACCAGUACACUGAUUGAUCAAAGACAGAUGGAGUUGAUGCAACUUGAAGUUGAACACUGGAAAGGCGUGAUUCGGAGAGUGAUUGCCAUAGUUUCCCAUCUGGCAGAACGCAACCAGGCUUUGAGAGGAACUACCAGUACCGUGUAUGAUCGCCACAAUGGGAAUUUUCUGGCUCAAGUGGAACUCCUAGCACAGUUUGAUCCGGUAAUGAAUGAACACAUCAGACGAAUACAAUGCAAAGAGACAAAGGUGCAUUACCUGAGUGGAGUCAUUCAGAACGAAAUCAUUCAGCUGGUCGGAGACAAAAUCCUACAGGAGAUUGCAAGAAGAGUGCACAAAGCAAAAUACUUCUCCGUGAUCAUGGAUUGCACUCCUGACAUCAGCCACAAGGAACAACUUUCUGUUGUUCUCAGGAUUGUCAACUGUGAAACACCUGUUUCUAUUGCUGAGCAUUUUUUGGGAUUUGUACAUGUUGAAGACACAACUGGUAAAGGGCUCAGUGAAAUCCUGCUUGACCAGUUGGAGAAGCACAACCUCAGCAUUUCAGAUUGCCGUGGGCAGUCAUACGACAAUGGCAGCAAUAUGAUGGGCCACAAACAGGGUGUGCAGGCAAGAAUUUUAGAGCUGAACAACAAGGCGCUAUGCAUCCCAUGCAGCAGUCACACACUAAAUCUGGUUGUGUCAGAUGCUGCCAAGUCUUCAGUGUUGUCCAUGUCUUUUUUUGGUAUGCUGCAACGACUGUACAACCUUUUCAGUUCCUCUGUGCACCGCUGGGCAAUUUUGAAGCAGCAUGUGAAGCAGCUCACCCUUAAGCCACUUUCAGGGACGAGAUGGGAGGCCCGAAUUGACAGUGUGAAGGUAGUGCGGUACCAUCUACCUGAAAUACUAGACGGACUGUCAGCACUGGAGACAUAUGCUACAGAGAAGGGGGACUCAGAGACCAUGUCCUCAGCAAAAAGCUUACAUGGUGAGCUUAAAACAUGGUCCUUUCUUCUGUGCACAAUAACCUGGUACAACGUUUUGUAUCAGGUUAACCAUAUGAGCAAGCUCCUCCAGAGCCCGGAUGUUUCAAUGCAAACACUGAAAAAAGAAACCGAGGGAGUGACAGAGUACCUAGAAGAUUUCAGGGAAAAUGGACUCGCAUCAAGCCAAACGGAUGCAAUGGAGAUUGCAGAAGAUCUGGAAAUUGAGAGGAAAUUGCCUGAGAAAAGGCAACGUAAAAAGAAAAGGCAGUUCCUUUACGAGAGUACAGAUGAAACCCAAUCGACCCCAGAAGAGGCCUUCAGAAGGGACUUCUUCCUGCCUUUGGUUGACACUGCCAUCACCAGCCUAAAAGACAGAUUUUCCAGACUGGAGGGGGUGUAUGCCCUGUACGACUUCCUGUUCAGCAUUGAUAUCAUGAGGGCCACAAUCAAGACUGGGAAAUUGCAUGAGAGAUGCAGGAAAGUGGAACAAACCCUCCAUGAUAUUGAUGCAGACGACUUGGCAUUGGAGAUCAACUCUGCUGUCCACACCUUUCCAGAUGAAGUAUCCAGGUGCCCAUUUAAAAUGCUGGACUACAUAUACAGUGAGAAGCUGUUGGACCUGUACAGCAAUUUAAGCAUUGCACUGCGCCUACUUCUGACCCUUCCUGUCUCGGUUGCCUCCGGAGAGAGGAGCUUUUCAUCUCUGAAGCGCAUAAAGAAUUACAUGAGGUCAACUAUGAGCCAAGAGAGGCUCUCUGGACUGGCACUCAUGUCAAUUGAGAGUGACGUCCGCAGGUCUUUGGACUUGGAGGGGAUUGUGUCUGCAUUUGCUGAGGCCAAGGGCCGCAAGCAGCAGUUUCAGUAGGAAAUAAAAAAAAUAAUAAAGGCUACUUUUCAGUGUAUGUUUGACCUCUUUUGUGAUUAAAACGCACAGAAUUGCGGAAUUUUUUUUUUUAAAGGCCCCCAACAACUUCUUUGCCUAG